UCUUGUUGGGGGUGUGGCACCACAGGAAUCGCGUCCAGAGCACCCCAAACACACGGUCCAAUCACAAGUCUUCCCCCAACCCCGGGAUCAGGACGAAUCAUUGGCUGAAAGUCCCUAGUGCCACCCAAAGUUUCUCCGGCUCCAACUUUGUCAACUUUGCAACAACUUGGGGCGAGUUACUCCGAGUUUCUCUCCGUGUGGACUCUGUAUGUUUGCACUGCGAGACAGAAAGUUAUGUGCUUUCUGGACUGGAAUUAGAUAUCGAACCCAACAAAGAAAGCAUGUAUUCCACCGGAGACUGGAGAGAUGAGUUUUCCACCGACGAAGAUGUUCAGCCACCGCGGCCGAAAAAGCGCACGGCGCAGGUGUCCUCCCUGCCCUUCAGCGUGGAGGCGCUCAUGUCGGACAGGAGACCGCUGAAUACGCUGGACCGACAGAAGGGAAAUGACGCUUUGAAUGACGAUCAGACGAAAAGACCGGUUGAGUUUUCCCAACAAUUAAUAUCCAUCAAAUCCGAACCGUCGGAACAAGAGGACAGUGCGUCUUGGAUAUCCCGCCCCAUCAAGAUGUCCACACCACCCCGGCAGCUCAGUCCAGCAGCCUGCUCCCUGAGGAAACACAAAACCAACCGCAAGCCGCGCACUCCCUUCACCACCACGCAGCUCCUGGCCCUGGAGAGGAAGUUUCGUCAGAAACAGUACCUGUCCAUCGCUGAGCGGGCCGAGUUCUCCUCCUCCCUGUCACUGUCCGAGACUCAGGUCAAGAUCUGGUUCCAAAACCGACGAGCUAAGGCCAAGAGGCUCCAGGAGGCCGAGGUGGAGAAACUCAAAAUAGCAGCUGUUGUUGGACCCAAGACUGUAUUGCACCCAGGCUUCUCGUCCUUAAGUUUCCCCCUCAGUGUUGACCUGCAGGCUGGUUCAGCAGCACUCUACGGACUGGGCUGCUCAUACGGCCGCAGCCCCAUUCUCCCCGCCGCACAUCUGGCCAUGUACGCCUCACAGGUCGGCUACAGCCUGUUCCACCUCUCCUGAGAGGAAGCAGCAUUAUACAAACAAAGUGCUGUGGAUCUGGAUGGGUGUGAAAAGGAGUUACGCACCUUAUGAGAGACUUGUCUGCAAAGGAUCUGAGCUUGAGCAGGAGCUUCUUGACCAUUUGAGAAUUUAUAAAUGUCUUUGGACUUUUUGAAAGAGACUCUAUGGAAGGACAAGGAUACAGCACCCAGUGGUCUUUCUUUUAAGUUUAUAAAUGCUGACUCAGCACUGAUAAUGAAUGGAAUAUUGAUUAGGCCACAUGUAUCUGAUUAUUGUCCUGAAUACCAGAUUGCAUAUAGCGUAGCCUUUUGAUUUUUCUUUACUGCUCCUUUUGUAUUUCCUGGAUUAUUUUUCACUUGUUAGCCUUGAAUAUACAGGGUCAUUUUAUCCUCCUUUGAGAAAGAGAAGGGGCUACAGUUGGAGAAUGGCAUUUUGGUCAGGUGAAGUGCAUGCUUGCAUGAAAGCCAAAAUAUUCCCAAAUUUAUUUAUGAUAGCCCUUGGAUUCAUAUAUUUCAUGAUGCAUAUCUACAUUUCUAAAAGUUAAUAUUCUAUGUGUUUGACUUUAAAUUAAAGCUUUUAGUUAAUCCUCUGUUUUGUUAUCUUUGCU